AAUCAGCAGGCAGGGAAAAUUUAUUUUGUUUGGUAUUGAUUAAUUUGUGAAAAAUUGACGAAAUGUAUACAAUAGUUUACCUUUAUCGUGCUAAAUAAUUAAAAUUAUGGUACAUAUAUCAGCAUAAUUAAAACAGGCAGCCUAUGUUAUAACGAAAGAUGUCUGUACCACCGAUGGAUUAUUCCUUGCCACCACCGCGGCUUGUUAACUCUCCCUCAAUGCCGCCUCCGAUGUUCAGUCAUCCUCCUCCCUAUACUCCGUCGCCACCAGUUUCUAUGGAUCCAAGUCAAUAUCAUCCUUCGGUGUGUCUACCUCCGAUGAACGUGCCUCCCCCGUCAAUGGCCGCGUACCCCGCACCCGAUGUGAAUGUCCCGCCGCCGUCCAUGCCCCCGCCGUACCCACCGCCGCCGAUUCCUGACUACACUUAUCGUGAACCCGCCUACCUAGUACCCCCACCCCUGGAAAGCUUCGAAACGGCAGCCGCCAAAUUGUUGCACGACAUCAAAAUCGAGAAAUCAGACUCGCCUACAGGAUCCGAAAAAAGUUACGCGAGUUACAAAGAAUACAAACCUAUAGUCAAAAAAGAAUCCAGGGAAUCUUGUGAACCACAUUUUAGAGCACCUUCCCGAGCACAUUCUACUUGCUCAGCCUACAGACCCAGGCGCUCUCCACACAGGGAGGCAAGUUAUGACAGGGAAAGGUAUGAGAGGGACAGAGAAAGAUACGAGAGGGAUCGGUAUUAUGAGAGCCGGUCUAGGCGUAGUCCAUCGCACAGAAGCAGGUAUAGCAGAAGUCCUUCAAGAUAUAGUCCUCCACCCAGAUCUCGUUACAGUAGAAGCCCAUCGAGGCACAGUCAUAGAGAAGCAGACAUGGAAAGGUAUUACAAAGACAAAGCUUAUUAUGAGAAAAAGGAAUAUGAACGGAGAAGAUAUGAACAUGAACGAAGGCAUAGUCCUCCUAGGGAUUACAGAAGUCAGAGCAGAAGCCAUGAGCCUAAAAGAGAAAGGAGUACUUACCGAUCUCCGAGUAAGCACAGCUACAGGUCUCCCAGUAGGGACUCUCGUCAACCUAGUCAUUCUAGAGAAUUAUCUCAGCAUUCAAGGAGAUCCUCAUCUGUGCGCCCACCUCCCAAGCCUUUAACAGACAGGGAGAAAAUUCUAGAGGAAUAUAGGAAAAACUAUUGCAAAACAUCUGAAGAUUUCAUUGAGAAGAUAGAGCAAUGGUCCAGGGAACAUAACUCAGAUGAAGAUGAAACACCAAAGAUGUGGUACAGGAGUUCACCAGCUGAACUGUAUUACAAAGCAAUUCCAGAGAAGCAAGGGGUCCAACAAACUGCCAAACUGACAAAACUUUGUGACAAGUUCUUCAAGAACCUCAUAGAAAGAGGUAGAAAUGCUCGGCCGGCAGUUGAUGAACUGCCUCCUCUGAAGCCACCCAAGGCAAAAAUGUGCAAACAUAGAUUGGAAGACAAGAGUUCUUCAUCAUCAGACAGUGAAGAGGACGAACUUGAUGAAGAUGGAUUGCAGGGAUACACUGACAGAAUUAUGCUGGAGUUGCAGAGGAAACAAAGUCACCCCAGGAGACUGCAUCCAGAAAUGUGGUUCAACAAUACGGGCGAGAUGAACGGCGGCCCGCUCUGCCGAUGCAGCGCGCGCGCGCGACGCUUCGGCAUGCGACACGGCGUGUACACCGGCGAGGAGUCCUAUCCUAAGUGUAUACCCGACCAGAGCAAUGCUGACCGCUUGUAUCAUUACAGAAUCACAGUAUCUCCACCAACGAACUUCUUGAUAAAAGCGCCAACGAUCAUCGGCCACGAUGAGCACGAGUUCCUAUUCUCCGGUUUCUCUAUGUUCUCACACUACAAGUUGGCAAAGCUACCUACUUGCAAAGUGAUAAGGUUCAAUAUUGAAUACACCAUACUGUAUGUCGAGGAACCGGCGCCGAAAAAUUUUACCGUACGGGAAUUGGAUUUAUUUGAGGAAUAUCUAUUUUAUGAACUAUUGGAACUGAUUGACUUGGAUUUGGGUAAAGCAACAGAAAAUUCUUGUUCUCAAUUCCAUUUCUUGCCAAGAUUUGUGCGGUAUUUACCUGAAGGAGGUUGUGAGGUUCUUUCAAUGUGUGAGGUACUAAAGUAUCUGCUUGAUGAGAGCGAUUUGUUAAUACCUCCAGAAAAAUUAGCGGAUGUACACGGAAUGGAUCAUUAUACGUGGCAAAAGUUCGUUGACCGAAUCAAAGGCAUGAUAGUGACGUAUCCCGGCAAAAAGCCGUGUUCCGUUCGCGUGGAUCAGCUAGACAGGAGUCCGCCAGCCAGUUCUGAAGAAAAGAGGCCCAGAGACCCGAAGAUGUAUUACCCUGAAAUUGUGCACUUUGGCAUCCGACCACCCCAGCUCAGUUACGCUGGAAACCCAGAAUACCAAAAAGCCUGGCGCUACUACGUCAAGUAUCGUCACCUAAUCGCUAACAUGGCGAAGCCGUCUUUCAAGGAGCGUCAGAAGCUGACGGCAAAGGAGGUGAAGCUGCAAGAAAUGAGAACCCAGAGCAAGAUGAAAAGGGACGUCACCGUCGCGAUAUCCUCAGAAGGGUUUCACACUACGGGGCUUAUGUGUGACGUUGUGCAACACGCAAUGUUAAUUCCAGUACUAGUCCGUCACCUACGCUUCCACAAGUCCCUGGAUAGCUUAGAACGCAAGAUGGGCUACGUGUUCAAGCAAAGGCUGCUUCUUCAGACUGCCCUAACUCACCCUUCGUACCGGGAGAACUUCGGGACCAACCCUGAUCAUGCCAGGAACAGUCUCACCAACUGCGGUAUUAGGCAGCCCGAAUAUGGGGACAGGAGGAUACAUUAUACGAGGAAGAAAGGUAUCGUGACCCUCAUAAACAUCAUGUCCCGUUUCGGCAAACGGAGCGAGACAGAGUCGGAGAUAAAACACAACGAGCGUCUAGAGUUCCUAGGGGAUGCGGUGGUGGAGUUCCUAUCGUCUAUACAUCUGUUCCGAAUGUUCCCGGGUUUAGCUGAGGGUGGUCUGGCUACCUAUAGGGCUGCGAUAGUCCAGAAUCAGCAUUUGGCGCAGCUAGCAAAGAACAUCGAGCUGGAAAAGUACAUGCUGUAUGCCCACGGCUCGGACCUGUGCCGCGAGGUGGUGAUGCGGCACGCGAUGGCCAACUGCUUCGAGGCGCUCAUGGGCGCUCUGUUCUUGGAUGCUGGUAUUGAUGUGGCAGACCAAGUUUUCUCGCUGGCCCUCUGGUACAACGAGAAGGAAAUGCUAGAGGUGUGGUCCAAGGAACGCGCGCAUCCAUUGCAAGAGCAGGAACCGCUGGGCGAUCGGAAGUACAUCAAGGACUUUGAGUUUCUACAGCGGCUGACCGAGUUUGAAGACUCCAUUGGUGUCCAAUUCAAACAUAUCCGUCUCCUAGCGAGAGCGUUUACGGACCGCUCCGUAGGGUUCACCCACCUGACCUUAGGCUCCAACCAGCGGCUGGAGUUCCUGGGGGAUACAGUCCUACAGCUGGUGGUGUCAGACCGCUUGUACAGACACUUCCCGGACCACCACGAAGGGCAUCUGUCGUUGCUCCGUUCGUCUCUAGUCAACAACCGCACGCAGUCAAUGGUGUGCGACGACCUGAACAUGUCCGCUUACGCCAUUUACAACAAUCCUAAAGCCAAGCCGACCACCAAGAAGCAUAAGGCUGACUUGCUUGAAGCGUUUUUGGGCGCCUUGUUCAUUGAUAAGAACCUAGAAUACUGCCAGGCGUUCUGCGCAGCGUGCCUGUUCCCACGUCUGCAGGAGUUCAUCAUGAACCAGGACUGGAACGACCCCAAGUCCAAGCUGCAGCAGUGCUGCCUCACGCUGCGCUCCAUGGAGGGCGGCGAGCCCGACAUACCGCUCUACAAAGUGAUCGAGUGCCUGGGCCCGACCAACACCCGCGUUUACACAGUGGGCGUGUAUUUCCGCGGCGCGCGACUGGCGGCGGCGCGCGGCCACUCCAUCCAGGAAGCAGAGAUGAAUGCCGCCGAAGAAGCAUUGAACAGUGCCCACGAGUUAUUCCCGCAACUGGAUCAUCAGAAGCGGGUGAUCGCGAAGAGUAUAAAAAGGAAGAAGUCCAAGAAAGAUCGGGCCAGUCCGACUUUAUCGGAGCGAGAGGCGUCGCUCAAGCGCAUGAAGUUGGACGACAGGGUGCCCAAAGCGUACCGCUUGGACCAACAACAAUCGGACAGCUCGGACGAAAGCUGCGGGCCGGUUCUGUCCGACGACGAGGCUAAACCGGCUAAGUCCGGAGACGAUUCCGGUCUAGACAGCGACACAGAAACUAAUACAGAUCGGUUAGAAGAUGUCAAAGUCAGCAGCUUAGUAAGCGAUAUGGAGAGACUGAAGGAAGACCUAAUCAGGCGCAACGAGUACGAUAAACUCAAGGAGAAGUGCAUGCGGUCGGAAUCCGAUGACGAUUUUUAGAUUUCACAAAAUUUAAUUUCAGAAGACUUUUUAAUCAGUGCUCAUAAUCAAAUAUGUUUUUAUGUUUACGCGUAGUAGAUGUGAUAUAGUUAAGUUUUAAUUCUCAAGAAAGUAAUUUUAAGCAAACAUUUCAAAUCACAUAAAUUUUUAUAAUUUGACAAAAUCAAUAUCUUUUAAGUUUAAUCUAGCACUAAGAGGUAAAUGUGAUACUUUGCGAUUAAAAGAUGAAAUACUUGCUCGAA